UAUUGCCAUUGCAGUCACAUGGCGUCGAAAACCUCGGAAAUUAUGUGCUACAAAGUGCAAUUUACCAACUGAAAUAAUGGAUACAUAAAUAGAUUUCACUGGUUUUACUUGCUUGUUAGAUCAAGCAUUGAUUUAUAUUUUCAUUCUUGUUAUUUGUUUUGAGUAUACAAUAUUCUGGGUGUUAAUUCUAAUAGAAGUAGGCCGUUCCCUCAUUUCGAAGGAGAGCAAGGUGGUAAUAUUUGAUCAUGAGUAGUGUGGAAGUUGCUCCUCUGACAGAGGCGAAGCCGUUAGAAGAUGGAGAUUUGACUUCAAAAAAUGACGAACUACCAUCAUCUCCCGAAGCCGAUGACGAGAAGAUGGAUCAGGGCAAGGACGGGAAGAAAAGCCCCGAGUCUGCGCGUGCACCGGCCACUGGCAAGAAUCCAUGGGGAAAAAUGAAAUCUCAGCUAGGCCAAGAAGAGAAUCAGUCUGAUGCUCAACCGAAAACCGACGGACCUGAAAUUCAAGAAACGAUCAAAGGCCAUGGAAAGGUCUCAGAGCUUGCAGACAUAUCUAACUGGCCAAGCCUGGGGGAAGCAUCCAGCAACAGACCUCCACAGGCAGUUGACAAAGUCCCAAUAGCUCCCAAGGCAGGGAAUGGAAAUGGAAGCAGCAAAAAAGAAAACAGACCAGAAGAAGUUCAACCUCCAGAGCAAAUAACUUCUCCAAAAGGAACCCCAAAGCGAAAAGGAUUGAAACAGAAAUGGGUACCAUUGAGUAUUGAUCCUCCAACAUACUCUAACUCUGGGUCAAGUCUCAGUCCAAGAGGUGAUAGAUCACCCGAAGAUAGAAGCCAGGGUCGUGGCAGAGACUUUAGGUCGUUCAACAACGCUGGACCAUAUAGAGGAAGAGGAAGAGCUAGAGGUCGAGGGAGAGGACGAGGACGUGGAAGAGGCGGCUAUGACUAUGGAGGUGGAUAUGGUGGUAUUCCCAUGGCAACCUAUGUUGAUGGACUUUUUAUACCCCAACCUUAUGUUGCUCAGUAUUAUUAUGAAAAUGCAGUUGGAAUGCAGCAACCACCACCACCUGCUGGCAGCUCUGAGGAUGAGAUCUUGAAAGAAAUGAUAAAAAAGCAAAUAGAGUAUUACUUCUCAGAUGAAAACCUCAUUGGUGAUUUCUAUUUGCGACAGCAGAUGGAUGAAAACGGAUGGAUACCAUUGGCAAUGGUUGCCAGCUUCCGAAGAAUACAACAAUUAACACAAGAUCUAAGCACUAUCCUAGAGUCUGUGAAAAGCAGUGAUGUUGUUGAGUCAGAUGGAGCCCGAGUGAGGCCUAAGGAGAACCCAUCACAGUGGCCUAUUGUCAUUAGAAAAAAUGCUGCUGGUGAGAGUAAAGCCUACAAGUUGGCUCUUUUGCAGGCAGUUGACAGUGAAGAAUUCAUUCCGAAUGGAGAGCAUCACUGGCCAGCUAAAGCAAGCCAGGUUCAUGGUGAAUCGGUGGGAUCUCCAACUGGUACAAGUCUGUUGAGUUCCCAGGUUGAAUCUCAUGCAUUGUCGGAGGAAGCAAAGGUUUCUCAUACAUCAGACAUUAAAAUGUCAAGUGCUGAUAUGGAAGAGCAACCAUCUGGAGAGAAACUUUCGGAAAGCCCGAAAAAAAUGCUCUUGGAAGAUUACGAAUGGAAAGAGGUGAAGCGAAGAAGUAGAUCAAACUCUCUCAAGCGCGAUGAAAAGAAGCAACAAAUGGAUAUAUUUACGGACUCCCGGGAAGAGCUAGACUUCAAAUUUGAUGAAGAACUUCAUGUAAACGAGAGGAAAAGAACUGUGUCUAGUUCCUACGACUGGUCUGAGGAUUCGGAGGAUGAAAUGGACGAUUUUGAAAUCAGCAAAUUGAUGAUUGUCACACAGACACCACCACCCCCGAAGAAACACGACAGAACUGGAAAUCACAUGAGUCGAGCCAAAAUGACUGCUGAGCUAGCACAAGUUAUAAACGAUGGACUUUAUUAUUACGAGCAAGAUUUCAUUGACGAAGACGACGAUAGCUAUCUUCAUAAAAAGUUGGAAUUGUCUUCCUCGUGGAAAACAGUAGACGUGGUUAGCGAAAGGGACUUUCUGAAGCAAAGAGGAGAAGAACCUCAGGUCCAUCGCACAAGGUCGGUUACUUUCACUCCAUCUAUCGCGGUUCCUGACACGAGCAAAUCAUCUGCAAUGCCAGAAAUCACACCGAAUAUCUUGUCAACAUCACCUUUUAACCUAAAUGCACCCGAGUUUAGGCCUAGAGCAAACACUUUGCCAACAAAAACAAUGGCUCACUCUUUGCCUACCAAUAUACCAUCUCAUAUGGAGAAGCACGCUGACAAGCGACCGAAGAGAAACCUACAUGGGAAGCGACACGAAACUGCUAGAUUUUAUCCUGCCAUUUCAAAGGAGAAUCUAAGCGAUAAGCCACCAAGGUAUCACAAAACGAAGUACGGCGCCAAUCCACCUGUCGAACAUCACGUCGGUUGGGUUUUUGGAACUGCAGCUGAAAAUGCCAAAAGCCACGGCCACCGCCAUGGGCCCCAGCCUCACGAGCUGGACCAUACCGUCUCCCCUGGCAGCCAUAGCAGUAGCUACGGAAGCAGUUUUGGCGCAGACUCCAUUCCUAACUUCCAGCAUCCAUCUCACAUGCUCUUAAAAGAUAAUGGCUUUGUUCAACAAGUUUAUUCCAAAUAUCAUCACAAAUGUACAAAAGACCGAAGUAAACUGGGUAUUGGUCAAUCACAAGAGAUGAAUACAUUAUUUAGGUUUUGGUCUUUCUUUUUAAGAUCACAUUUUAAUAGAAAAAUGUACCAAGAAUUCAAAAAUCUAGCCGUUGAAGAUGCAUCAGCUGGAUAUAGGUAUGGUCUGGAAUGUCUCUUCAGAUUUUACAGUUACGGGCUUGAAAAGAAGUUUAAGCAAGAGCUCUUUAAAGAUUUCCAAGAAGAAACUUUGCGAGAUUACCACAAUGGUGACCUCUACGGUUUGGAAAAGUUUUGGGCUUUCUUGAAAUACUACAAGGGGAAAGCGAAAUUUGAAAUUAAUGAUGAGCUCAAGAAGUUGAUCAGCAAAUUCAAGUCAAUUGACGACUUUAGACUUGAGGCGCAGCGCCUCGGAGCCGAGAAACGCAAACAGAAAGAUGGAGACCAAGGGCAAAGCUUGGCAGCCUCUUCUGGGAACAAAAGGUCCGGCAAGGAAGUUGUUAAGGAUAAUGAUAAGAGAGCAGAAAAAAGUGAAGAUGGACUCAAAAAAGAUUCCAAAGACAUUAAGAAAGUUGAACCAGCCAGAAAAACCGGAAGCAAGGACCAUCAUAAAAAAAUGCCUGAAGGUGGAAAAACAUCAACCGCGCCAAGGGCAUCAGAUGCUAAGGGAUUUAAGAGUUCUGGAAAGCCAUCAGAGUCCGGUAAACAUUCGCAUGUUUCUAAGUCAGACGGAUCUCACAAGCACUUUGACCAUGGAGUGCAUCAUGGUAAAAAGUCGGACCGAGUUAAAUCUCCGGAACAUGGAAAGGGCUCUUUAGAACCAAUGAAAUCGGAAGUUUCAGUGAAAAAGGAAGCUACUGUAGUUGCCAGUGCCUCGGGGUCGACUAAGCACGGAGAGGAUUCCAAGACUCCAGUAAAUGUUGAUGCACAGAAGCAUCUAAGAUCAGAAAAUGUCGAGAAAGGACAGUGAAACGGCUGGUUGUGCAAAGGAUUUGUGAGGUCAUUAAUUGAAAUCUUUAGAACAGCUAAUUUUAUGACAAAUUUUGUUGUUGUUAUCCUUUUAUGAAGGUGUGGGGGAACUGCUCUUUAGAACUCAUUGAUAUGUUUUAGAUUUGGAGGUAGAACGUUUUAGUAUUUUGCCAAUCAUGUGGAAUCGUACAGUUACUUGAAUAGAAGUUCACUAAUAAUGCUCUGUUACAUAUACCGUAUGGUUUUCCAAAGAUUUAUUACAAUUAUCAUAGAAAUAUUUUCAUAUGCUGUUACCGUUGAAUGCUAUUUGAAUGCUGUCGAAAACCGUUGACGGAAACGCACUUUGUAUAUGUUUUCAUGUUGUAUAAAUAUACCCACUAGUGCUGGGCUUACCCACUAGUACUGGGCUUACCCACUAGUGCUGGGCUUACCCACAAGUGCUGGGCUUACCCACAAGUGCUGGGCUAUAACCACAAGUGCUGGGCCCUCCAGUCUCAAGGCAAACUUCGUAUCAUAUCUUUUUUAUCACAAAAUAUGGAGUUCAGAGACUGUUUUUCACGAAAAUAUGACCACCAUACUACUGGGGAUUAUGUUGGGCAAGAAGUACUUCUUGAUGUAUUGCUGUUUCCCUUGAUGCAUCUAUCUACCAGCUACUCUAACUAGAUCAGCAAUCAAUUUUUAUGGUACGCAUUUGUGAUGUUUAUUCCUCAUGUCUGACAGUGAAAUACUGCCCAUUUGGCGAAAGCUGGAGAGAAAGUUUAAAGCGUUCCUAAUUGAACUACAGCAACCUUUGUUUGUAAAUGAUAUUUUGUUAGUUGCCUGAUUAGCUUAGGUUCAGGAAAAGUAAUUCACAUAUAGCUAGUCUUGUAAUUGGAAACUAUCCUCAAGCCAGUAUUCUAGCUUAGAUUAAUAAACGAGAAAAAUGCUAAAUAAAAGAGAAAAUAGCGGAGUCUCUUGUACCCUUAAGAACCCAUUUCCCGCCUGACAUGAGUGCAAUAUCAUUUCUGAAUGUAACGAUGUGACGUCAUGAUUGAAAUCGUUAUCUCCGCCUUAAUGUUGCUUAUAUUUAUAUUAUUCGCUCACAGUGGUCGACGUAAAAAUACUGGGUUUUGAUCCAAAUAUCUACGUUACAGUCUACCUUUCACUAUCAUUUUCAAGCCCUUGCAUCUUUAGUUUUUUAAUCGUUUUCAGUCAUUUUUAUCUUUCAUAUUAGUGUAGUGGUAAGACGCAUUAAAACGUUUUAUUUCCAGAGUAUGGUUAAUUUGAUCGAAUUAGCUCUAAACUCGACCGAUAAUGUCGUUGAUCCUAUCAUCGCUGAAUUUUUAGACUUGACUGAUAAAGCAAGUGAUCAAUCCUGACCGCCACACUCUGUUUAAUCAGCAGUUUGAUUUUUUGAAUUUGUUCAGGGAUUCUUGAUGUUACUGGAUUUUUGAAAUCUCGGUUCUAAAAUCCAAAGCCUCUCAUACUCUUGUUACCCGUCAACAAAAAGUUUUUGUAACAGACCUUUACGAGGCCUUGUAGUUUGAUUUGUUACCGUUGGCUGAACGAUGACAUAACUUUUAGUGAAUGUUGUAAACCUGUGUUUAGUGGAUUUUAUCACAUCCUGCCCAUUUUACUGAAUUUGUUUUCGCAAAUAUUAGUAUUACCAAAAUCCAUGUUAUCCACAGUAAGCUGCCAUCCACUUCAAUGCUGCUAUCCACAAACUUACUAGUCAUGCUAAGUCAUCAACCAAAUACCAGACCCUGAACUCCCAAGCAUACAUUUUCGGUGAAAAAGCAAUCUAAUGGUGGUUGUAUUUUAGUAUGUAGAUACAGGGCUAUUUGUAGUGAUGUAAUAUUUAGAUCCAAAUUGUGUUUUAAUGCGUUGCUUGUUUACUUACACCAGGUGCUGGUUAUAUUUGUCAUAUCAAAAUGAUGUAGUGUUGUACAUUGUUAAUUAUUUGUAUUGAUCGACCCGUUGCUUAGACAGUGACCCUGGGUUUCCGUGCCAGAACUUUGGCAUUCAACAUAGCCCACAUUAACUGCCACAACCCGUUAUCCCCACGAUCCUAAAAAACCCCACGUCAAUCUUCCACUAUUGAUUAUAUCGUGCAGACAUUUUAAAAUGGUUUUGCUGGUCAAUGCUUAACUUACCCUUGGUAUCUAGGACUUCUAAGGAGUCUAAUCGAACAGAAGAGAGCCGCAGAGAAAAGCGGAGAAAAGGAGAAGAUAGGAGAGGAGAGGAAACGGUUCCCCUCAAUCUUCUAUCCAUCUGUUCGUUUCCUCCCUUUGCUGUUGCAUCUGACUCCUUAGUCUCUUUGGUACAGAGGCUAUGCUGAACUGUGUAUUCUGAUCACUUUUUGAUAUAUCCUUGUCCUGAAUGCUGUGAUGCGGUGUUAGUAGUGCCGUUCUUUUAGAAUUGCCUUCGUUUAUCCAGCCCGUGAAAGUUGCCUUAGAAUGCUUAAGUGAUUAUACAUAUAACCGCAAUUAUUUUUAAAAAGUAGUAUAAAAACGAUAAACUUUUCCA